AUGCCACCACUUUAUCACAAACAACCUAGGAGACCAAGGAAGAAGAGGAUGAGGUCAGCAGGUGAACAACCACCCAAAUCUAAUCAUACAACUACCAAGUUGCAGAGGUAUAACUUGGAAACUAAGUGUUCACUUUGUAGACAAGGAGGCCAUAAUAGGAGGAGCUGCCCUAAGGCAAAAGAAGGCACCAACAGUCAGGUCCCAUGUAAACUAAAGGUGAAGAAAACUGCCCAAGAUACGACAUCAACCAAAAGGGUUACAAGACAAUCAAGAGCCAAGCAACCUGCGAGAAGAAGGUUGGAAACUGGCCAGUGUUCUCAAACUCCACAUGGUUCUGAAACAACCCAAGCUUCCCAAACUGCCCCAGCAUCUCAAACUGCCCCAACUUCUCAAACUGCCCCAGCUUCUCAAACUAGCCAAACUUCAGAAACUGCCCAAAAAAAGAGGUUCAAGUCUCCCGCAAAGAGGAUUUAA